AUGUCACUCAGGUUGAAGGAUCCUCCCACACUGGAUAUAUGCUGUGAGGGUGCAGUGAGCGAGGCCCUGCUGCACCACCCUCACUUCUUCUCAGCUCCACUUCACUGACUACAUCUACUGCAAAGAUGAUGAAAGGUAUGAUCGUAAAGAACAUGUCCUUCAAGUCCGGACAGACUCUGACUGUUGUUGGAGUCCCUAAUUCUGAUGCUACAAAUUUCGCAAUGAACAUCGGCCCUGAUGAGAAGGACGUCACCAUGCACAUCAACCCUCGUUUUAACGCCCACGGAGACGAGAAUGCGGUGGUGUGCAACUCUUACCAGAGUGGCAAGUGGUGCGAUGAGCACCGCGAGGGAGGCUUUCCUUUCCGCCAGGGAGAGGAGUUCAAGAUCGUCGUUCAAUUCACCCCGACAGAGUUCCUGGUGACUUUAACAGACGGCUCUGCGAUCCACUUCCCCAACCGCAUGGGUGCGGAGAAGUACUCGUGCAUCAGCUUCGAUGGGGAUGUUCGCAUCACGAGCUUUCAGAUCAAAUAAAACCUCCACCCUCCCUGGAAUCGUUGGAUUGAAAUUUCUAUUUGUCUAGCAUCAGGUCACAUUUAGCCCCAGCUUUUAAGCUCCUGAAUACCACGUGGUGUCAGUUAGUGCCUUACAUAUAUAUCACACAAUUUAUUAUGCAAUAAGUUAGCUUGUUGACAUGUGCAGAUGCAAGCGACCAUGAUACACACAGAAACACAUGCAGUAGAUAUUGUAACUGCAUGUCCUUCCUGCACACCUGACGGAGCUACCGACUGAAGAGCAAACCCAAACAUAAAGUCGUCCCAAGCCCAUGUCAUCUGACUGGUAUUUGCUUUGCAGUGUUUAGUUGAAAAGUGCAAAAAAAUGUUCUGUAAGGUGCCUUUAAACGCUGCAUGCUCUCUCGUUUUCCCUCCCAGACAUUCCAGAUUUAUAACUGAGUAUAAUGCUUUUGCCUUUGCAACAUGUAUUAAAGCACGUCCUUGAUAAACGUG